GUGAACGCAGCUGUAUCCCUCCACCUGAGCCGGAGUGUUCCGGACUGUUGCUCUCGGGUUGGCUGCGUGCGCGUAACUUUCAGACGAGGACAAAUACUUGGAAUUUGGGGCAUUUUGGGCAGGAGACGGGACAUCGUGAGCGCCAGGCGCCAGACACCGAAGGCAACGUGUGUCUCUGGUGUUGUGGGAGAGGGGAUCUUAUAAAAGCGCGUUGGAGUUGCCGAGUGGAAAGUUAAGUUGUGUCCUUGUUGGUCGCGGGCUAUUUCAAGUGGAAGCCACUGAGGACAAGUUCUUUAAAGUUUGUACGAGUUUCUUAUUACUCACCAUGAGUUCAACCGUGGUUUUCCACAUGUGGACGAUGUUCUUGUUGUGGACUUUAUCGACGGCUGAGGUCUCCACCGCCAAAGUGCUGAGGGGCAACAUCAGGAGAGACGACUUUUACCGCAAAGAGGAAAACGUCACAGUAACGUCAGUGGGCGGAGCCAUCCACAGCCCACGCUUCCCCAACGCUUACCCCCGCAAUCUGCUGUUGUCAUGGAAACUGCUGUCGCCACCAGGGAGCCGCAUUCACUUGGAGUUUGACGGACACUUUGGCCUGGAGGAGGCCGAGAAUGGACUGUGCAGGUAUGACUUUGUUGAAGUGGAGGACCAAUCAGAGACCAGCACUAUAAUUUGGGGUCGCUGGUGUGGGCAGAAGGCACCGCCUAGUCUCAACUCCAAAAGCAACAAGCUCAGAGUCACCUUCAAGUCUGACGAUUACUUUGUUGCAAAGCCAGGAUUCAAAGUCUGCUACUCACUGAUGUAUGACUCUCCUCUGCCUGCAUCCAACACCAACUGGGAGGCUGUCACUAUGCCCAUGUCGGACAGGGCAGGAGGGCGGAUGCCAGCGGCAGUCACAGAGGUUCCUUUCUCAUUGGAGGAUUUGGACCGGACCAUAGCUGCCUUUGACACUGUAGAACAGCUUUUCAGAUCCCUGAGCCCAGACACCUGGAAACAGGACCUGGACAGUAUCUAUACUCAAACACACAUACAUUAUAGAUCCAGGGCCUAUCAUCUGGCAAGCAGACAUAAUAAAGUUGAUCUGAACCGUCUCUAUGACGACGUCAAGCGGUACAGCUGUACGCCUCGCAACUACUCUGUGAACCUGCGUGAGGAGCUGAAGGCCACCAACGCCGUCUUCUUCCCUCGAUGUCUGCUAGUUAAAAAAUGUGGAGGCAACUGUGGCUGCGGAACCGAGAACUGGAACAACGGCUGCACCUGUGAGGCCUCCAAGAAGACACUCAAACUACACGAGGUGCUGAAGUACACCCCAGAUGUCAGCCUGUAUCAGCGCCAUCAGAGGCCGCGGGUGCGCUGGGUCAUAGAUGAGAUCUUCCUCACGCACCAUGAAAAGUGCGAGUGUGUGUGUCCCUCCCAGCCCCCCCGUUGACACAUCCAAACUGGCACAUGCAUCUGGAAUUGUUGGACAAUUUCUUCUUUUUAUCUAUUUUGCAAUUGACUCCAUAUAAUUACAGCAACGCAGACACACGCAGAAAAGAAGAAGGCACCGAUUGGACUGUAAAAACCCGCUGCUUGCAUUAUACACAUAUGACUCACGUUCUUGCAAGUAAACCUUCAUCAGGCCAAACUUGUAAACGCAUAAAUA